CAUCUCAUCGCGUCUUCACUUCUAUAAGCAUCCAGUCUAAAUCAACGGCUCUUCCAUCUCCACAUUCUCAACCUCCUCAACAACUUCCCAACCCACCAGCAAUCACCAACUUCAAGAUGUACACCUUCAUCACCCUCACCACCGUCAUCGCCGCCGCCCUGGCCGCCCCCGCCAAGCAGGCCCGCCAGACGCUCCCAACCCUCAACUUCAACGUCGCCAACGACGUCUCGGGUGCCAACGUGGGCAGCUCUAUCCUCUCCGACGGCACUGCCCUCACCUUCAGCCACAUCUUCGCCGGCACCGCGCUCGACCUCGACGGCACUAUCAUCGCGACCAGCAUGCAAUCUACCUCCAACGGCGCAGGUAUCUUCUGCAUCGUUGCCGAUGGCGAAGGAAACCAAGUUGGUCUUCUGAAUGAGCGGAGCACUUUUGUUGACCUGGAUGGCCAGGAGGGCGCGUUUGAGACGGAUGUCAGCGAGUUUACCAUUCUGUGCGAGGCGUAAGUAAGAGAUGAAAGAGAGACGGCAGCGAGUUGGUAAUAUGACGGUCAUUUUAGGUUUAAGCAUAGCGUUGGGAGCUCCGGUAUUGUUUUCGCAUCUUAGCAAUCUUUUGUAUGCGCUCUGUUCAGAGAGCGCCUCCUGUCCUUAAUCUGUCCUUAAUCUGUCC